AAAAAAAAAAAAAAAACAACAACAAAAAGCUGACCUCAGAUCAGCUUCAGCGGUGAACCUGCAGUAGUUCAGUCAGCUUUCUGUUUUCAGUCUCCACAGUGUCCACAGUGUCCACACUGGUCUCCUGAUCCUCUGCAAACAGGUCCAUCAAACACUGAUGCUGGAUCUCCAGUGGGAGUGGAAUGGAUAAUGGCCAUGGCACACUCUAAUCAGCGGUCACCAUCCUCCUCUCCUCCUGAUGAUGUCAACCUGGGACCUUCAGCAAACCCAAAUGCCAGGCCCACUGACUUUGACUUCUUGGCCGUCAUUGGCAAGGGGACCUUUGGGAAGGUCCUGCUUGCCAAGCUCAAAGCUGACAACAAGUUCUACGCCGUCAAAGUUCUGCAGAAGAAAGUCAUCCUGAAGAAAAAAGAGCAAAAGAACAUUAUGGCAGAGAGAAAUGUGCUGCUGAAGAGUCUGAAACAUCCAUUUCUGGUUCGGCUCCACUACUCCUUCCAGACCCCAGAGAAGCUCUACUUUGUCCUUGACUAUGUGAAUGGGGGAGAGUUGUUCUUCCACCUGCAAAGAGAAAGGUGUUUCUCAGAGCCCAGAGCGAGGUUCUACACAGCCGAGGUUGCGAGCGCUAUCGGCUAUCUUCACUCUCUCAACAUCGUUUACAGAGAUUUGAAGCCAGAGAACAUUCUCUUAGACUCCCAGGGCCAUGUGGUGCUGACAGAUUUUGGUUUGUGCAAAGAAGGUGUAGAGCCGGAGGGAACCACCUCAACUUUCUGUGGGACUCCUGAGUACUUGGCACCAGAGGUUCUUCGUAAGGAACCGUAUGACAGGACGGUGGACUGGUGGUGUCUGGGAGCAGUGCUCUAUGAGAUGAUUUACAGCCUGCCUCCUUUCUACAGCCGUGAUGUUGGUGAAAUGUAUGAUGGGAUCCUGCACAAACCACUGCCACUGCCUGCAGGGAAGUCAGACGCUGUCGCCUCUCUGCUGGUGGGUCUUUUGCAAAAGGACCAGCACAGACGCCUUGGAGCCAUCGCCGACUUUUUAGAAAUAAAGAACCACACCUUUUUCUCUCCAAUUAACUGGGAUGAUCUUUACCACAAAAGAAUCACUCCUCCUUACAACCCUAAUGUGAGAGGCCCAGCUGACACUCAACAUAUUGAUCCCGAGUUCACUAGAGAAAUGGUUCCUAACUCAGUAAGUCGGACCCCGGAGUUAAAUGCUGGCACCAGCUCUAGCAACGCCUUCAAUGGUUUCUCCUUUGUUGCUACCGAGGACAGCUUUCUGUGAGGACAGAGAAAACUCUUCAAAUGUUUGACCAGAGUGAUUUAAUAGCUACCUCUCCUGAGGUAGGAGCUCAGGAAAAUAAGAGCCCUUCUUGUAUCACUAAAGAAAUCUCUCAUGGCAUCUGCGGACUCCUGCAGGGAUUUCCAAAUUGUGCUUCUUGGGGUUGUAGCAGAAAGAGCUCACACCUGUAAUGGAUACAGUUAUGGAUAAAAUGUAUAAAACCGAUUGUCUGGAAGGUCUGCUCUUUGACAUGAAUGUGUUACCAAAAAGUGUGUGUUUUAUAUUUUAGGCUUUUGUGAACAAUCAUGCUGUGCUGUGCAUGUUUAAAAAGAUAAAGAAAACACAAUGUUGUCUUCCUGUGCACAGUGUACAUCCAAACAGAGGGCUCUAUUUUCCUGAAAAAGGCCACAGAGGCAAAUGCAAGCAAAAUCUCCAGUGCACUUUUUUUUUCUUUGCAAUUUUGGUGAGCAAAGGCAUAGACACAAACCAGGUGUGAAGCAGGCACAACCAGGCGCAGCUGGUCACAAGGUGGAAGUCAGGCUGAAUGCAAUAUUUGUUGGAGAACUGCAGAAUCGGCAGGUGGAAUCAGGGCGAGCUUCAGUAAAGGCUUUCAUCCUGUUUAAAAGCAGCAACAGAUGAAAAAGAGAGGCUGAGGUCUCUGAGAGAGUAAUAUAAAUCAUCUACAUGAAGCACCUGAAGAUCCAAAACAAAUAUAUAAAUAUAUAUAUAUAUACAUAUACGCUUUUAACAUAGAGUGGUGAAUUAAUGUGGGCAAAUUCGGGUCAAACUUUAAAAACUGUAUUUUGAUGCACAUUAAUUAAUAGUGAUUUUAUAGAAGUCUGUGUGCAUGUAUGUGUCUGCCAACUAAAGCCAUUAAACGUCCCCUGUGUCAUAUACAAAAAAAUAGACUUAUCCAUGAGGAAAACUGCAAUCUUGGCUUUAAGUCUGACGGAAAAUGGAGCCCUUGGUGUUGUGUGUGUGUGUCACUAAUCUAAUAUUUUAUAGAACACAGAUUUCUUAUGUGAACACAGACAUUUAACCCUGAUGUUUGCCAGUUCUUUGAAACGGGUUGACAAAACUAAGUGGAAAAACAUUAUAUAGAAACAGAAAAUUCUGCCACUUGAACAAUACAAUGUUUUGAAUUUUAACAUCAGUUAUCAUACAGUUAUCAAUCAAUAAUGUACAUGUCUGUCACUUUGUUAUGAUAUGCAUCAUCAUUGCUUUUUGUAAUCAUUAUUCUUUGUAGUCAUUAUAAAAUACAGUCACUUUUCUUACUUUUUAAGACAAGAUAGCGCUGACCUUCCAGUACAAAUAGAGAUAGAUAAAAGAUAGAUAAAAUUAAAAUUUUAAAUAAUUUUUUUAAAAAACUUAAAAAUAAUAUUAGCAGUAAUUUAGACUAUAACAUGGUAGUAAUGCCACUGUAUGAAGCAGAAGCUCUCAGUCCUCACAACAGUGAUUGUGCUUGAUUGUCCAACUGAAUUUGUAGGUGAUGCGCUGAAGCUAAAGAAAUGCUCCAUCACAGUGUGGACACUGUGGACUGUGGUUUUGUUUUCUGGUAUUCUAGCUGACAAACUCCUCAAAAUAUGUUUGUAUGGAGAUUAUUUUAGCCUGUAUAAGCAGACAGGGAUAUUGAUUAGUUUUGUUUCAUGAUACAUGCUGAAACAGCUCAUGUUAUAUUGAGAAUACUGUAUGUAACAUCUGUAAAUAUACAGUAACAGCUUUGCAAUGGGAUUAUGUACUGUACUAAUGUGAUUAUAUUGGUGUAAACCAUGAGGUGCCUGUCUGCUUGAAGAAUGAAGCUGGUGAUUGAUGGUGCUUUAUGUUGGCAUUGAUGGGUGACACAUUUGUACAUCUCUUGGCCUUUUAUUUUUAUUAUCUCAUUUAUACCUAUAUAUACCUAAAGUCUUAUUUGUACAUCUGAUAUUAAAAAUGGUAAUGUCUUUCAGUUCCUGAAUAAAACACGCAAAGUUC